GGGUGGGGAGCGCUGGGGGCGAGCACGGCCCGAGCUGGGCCCUCGGCAGCGCGUGCGCCUGCGCCUGCGCACCGGCCUCCUCCAAGGCUGCUUCCUGGCAGCGGCCCCGUCACCUCGAUUACCGGAGAGGAGGCCAGACCCAGAGCACCGUCGCCCGCGGCCGGGAGCUGGGUGGCGACAUCAGCGACGUCACCGGCCGGCCUGCCCUGGAGGAAGGUGACGUCACCGGCCGGCCUGCCGUGAAGGAGGGCGACGUCACCGGCCCGUUCUGCCGGCGGAGACACUCAGCCGUGCGCGCCCGGCGCCAUGGGCAAAAAGGGCAAGAAGGAGAAGAAGGGCCGCGGCGCCGAGAAGACGGCCGCCAAGAUGGAGAAGAAGGCGUCCAGGCGCUCGCGGAAGGAGGAGGAAGACCUGGAAGCUCUCAUAGCCCAUUUCCAGACGCUGGAUGCCAAGAAGACCCAGGUCACUGAGACCCCCUGCCCCCCACCGUCUCCACGGUUAAACGCCUCCCUCUCCGUCCAUCCAGAGAAAGAUGAAUUAAUCCUUUUCGGAGGUGAAUAUUUCAAUGGCCAAAAAACUUUUGUAUACAACGAUCUCUAUGUCUACAAUACCAGAAAAAACACUUGGACCAGUGUUGACAUCCCUGGUCCACCUCCGCGGCGCUGUGCUCACCAGGCUGUGGUGGUGCCUCAGGGCGGUGGGCAGCUGUGGGUCUUUGGAGGGGAAUUUGCAUCUCCUGAUGGGGAACAGUUCUACCACUACAGGGAUCUCUGGGUCCUGCAUUUGGCCACCAGGACUUGGGAGCAAGUCAGAUCUACAGGAGGCCCUUCCGGUAGGAGUGGCCAUCGGAUGGUGGCCUGGAAGAGACAGCUAGUUCUUUUUGGUGGCUUCCAUGAGAGUACAAGGGACUACAUCUACUACAACGACGUGUACACCUUCAGCCUGGACUCGUUCACCUGGAGCAAGCUGUCCCCGUCAGGACCCGGGCCCACGCCCAGGUCAGGCUGCCUGAUGACCAUCACUCCCCAGGGCAGCAUAGCCAUCUACGGGGGCUACUCAAAGCAGAGAGUCAAGAAGGACGUGGACAGAGGCACCCAGCACUCAGACAUGUUUCUGCUAAAGUCUGAGGGAGGAGAAGGCAAAUGGGUAUGGACCCGGAUUAACCCCUCAGGGGUCAAACCCACCCCAAGGUCUGGCUUCUCAGUGGCUGUAGCCCCAAAUCAGCAGACGCUGCUCUUUGGGGGCGUCUGUGAUGAGGAAGAAGAAGAAAGCCUGGACGGCAUGUUCUUCAAUGAUCUGUACUUCUUUGAUGCCACCAGGAACCGCUGGUUUGCGGGGCAGCUGAAGGGCCCCAAGGCAGAGAAGAAGAAACGCAGGCGGGGUAAAGCAGAGGAGUGCGGAGCUGGCAGUGAGCAAGAGCCUGGGCCCGCUGGGGCCCCAGAGCCCGUAGAGGUGGUGAAAGAGGUGGUGGCCGAGGACGGGACCGUGGUGACCAUCAAACAGGUGCUCACGUCCUCGGGCCUGGGUGCACGGCCUCCACCCGAGGCUGAGGCUGAGGACGGCGCCUCCGAGCCCGGCUGCCCCUCCGUGGAGCCGUGUCCACGCUCCAGUGCCAUGCUGGCCGUCCGGCACGGGCUGCUCUACGUCUACGGCGGCAUGUUUGAAGCCGGUGACCGCCAGGUGACCCUCAGCGACCUCCACUGCCUUGACCUCCACAAGAUGGAUGCAUGGAAGACCUUGGUGGAUAUGGACCCAGACGCAGGAGUGGCUGGAGGAGAGCGACUCGGAGGAGGACAGCAGCUCCAGCGAGGGCGCGGCCGCGGGGGACGAGGACAGCGGGGAGGACGAGGCAGACUGACACUCGCUGCCUGCGCUUGGGGACAGUAGGUGGAGCGCGCCUGGCCUAGCGGGACUGGCUGGUUCUCGCCAGGGCCACGCAGGCCUGGUGCACACAGGAAGGCGCUGGAGUAGGCCCGAGACUGAAGGCCACCUGAACGGCAGGAAGUUGAGUUCCACGGGUCUCAUGGGUGGCAGGUGUACCCCGGUCUCCCCUGUGGCGGGCAUCUUCCCGCAGCCUGAGUGUGUCACGAGGCUGGUGAGCCAGGCCGUGUGGGUGGAGACAGGACGCUGGAGACCCUGGAUGCACCCGUGGCUUCAAUAAACAGCACCCCAACCCCCUGUGGGGGCUCUCCUUCUA